UUUCAGAGUGAGAGUCGGAAAAAAUGGCGAAGGGUAGUAUAGUUCGGAAGGAUAAGAAGGAGGGGUAUAAACCCGGGGCAGGGUCUGCUAACCCAGACAGGAAGGUGUCAGAUCAGUCAAAAGGAAUUGCAAAGCCCCGGUCAGCUGGAACGAUCAAGAGGUUGGCGAUGUACAAGAACUUCAAGGCGAAGAGGAACGCUAAGGGAAAGAUUCUGAAGGCGGCUCCGUUCCAGAGCUGGGUGGACAGCGGGACCAGGGCAAGGGUUGCUCCUGCUAGAGGCUGGUUUAGUAACACAAAGGUCAUCUCACAAAGUGCGCUUCAAAAGUUUCAGGAGGAGAUGGGAAACGUUCAAAAGGAUCCCUAUAAAAUUGUGAUGAAUCCAACUAAGCUGCCAAUAACGCUUUUACAAGAAAGGGCCAAGUAUGCACGAGUCCACAUGUUAGAUACUGAACCUUUUGAUAAAACUUUUGGAAAGAAAUCUACAAGGAAACGUCCUAAUAUUAAGAUACCGGACCUGGAAACCCUGGUAUCUGGGGCAGAGAAGAGAGGAGAAAACUAUGACGAUUCUAAGGAUAAGGAUCGAGUUGUUGAUGCUCCGGAUGAAUGGAGUGCUCCCAGAGAAUGGAUUUUUGGAGCAGGGCAGAGUAAACGUAUCUGGAAUGAGUUAUACAAGGUGAUAGAUAGUAGUGAUGUAAUUAUCCAAGUGUUAGAUGCCAGGGAUCCAAUGGGAACUAGGAGUCAGACAAUUGAGCAGUAUAUAAAGAAGGAGAAAACUCACAAGCACUUAAUGUUUGUUCUCAACAAGGUUGAUCUUGUUCCUACCUGGGUUACACAGAAGUGGGUUGCACUUCUAUCACAG